AACUAGAAAAAUGAGGAUUAAACCGACACCUCCAGAUGGAAACGACCACACAAAGAAAAGAUAAAAGAGAAGGUGGAAGAUGAUGAGUUAGUAACUAGUGCUCAGGUUCAUAUUUGUCCGUUUGUGUCCCAUCAGCUGCAGUGGUCUGAGCCCAGGUGGGUUUAAAGGAGCUUUGACUGGAGCUCUGACUGUGGAUCUGCUGCUGAUGUGAUUUACACAAAUUAUGCAGCAGUUUCCAUCCUCCUUCAUCUGCUUCUCCAUCAUCUCCAGCUCUGGAUGCCAGGCUGAGCGCGUGCUGUUUGCAGGUUGGUGACGUAGGACACGAGAGAGAGAGAGGGAGAGAGAGAGAGGGGGAGAUGCUGAGAUGGAUUGAUAGACAAAUGCAGUGAGGGCGGAACUUGGAAUUACAGCCCCGCGCGCAUUCCUCAUCUUUUCCGUCUCGUGAUGCUGCCGCUGAUCGCAGGUGCCGGACAUGGGUAAACCGAGGUCUGUGGCUCCAGAGCAGAAGGAAAUACCAGGAUACGGUACUUGUCAGAAGUGUGCGCUGCGCUCACACGGGACUUAUUUUUGUGUUUUCCACCGCAGUUGAUUUAUUUUUGAGUUUUGUUGUGCGUAAAAAGCGCAGCACGCCGCCGCCGCCGACCCCUGCGAACAGCUCUGGAGAUUAGGAGGCUUUUUUUUUCUUCCAGGGGGGAGUGAAGUGAAAAACUUGGGUUUCGAGGUGCUUCUUCUUCUUCUUCUUCCUUUUUUUCUAUCCGGCCAUGACACAGACCCGGGAAGAUGAUCCGUGAUGGACGGGAAGGUGUCCGGAUCCGGCUGAAUCCGUCCGUCAUUUCGCAGCUUUUUGAGUCCGAUCCAGCCAUUAAGUGUAAAAACCACGAGCCGCUUUGAAGAGCAGACUGACACCAGAGCCUCUGUCCCCGAACUACGGGAUGCUUUUUCCAAACUGAUAGACUUGAUUUGUUCGUAAUUCCUGCAUGAGAAGCUCCGUGGAAAGUGACGGUCACUAUGCCGAGGAGAAAGCAGCAAGAGCCGCGGCGAUCCGCAGCGUACAUGCCCGAGGAUGAGCUUAAGGCAGCCGAUCACGAUGAGGAAGAGCACCUGCAGGACGAUGGCCUCUCUUUAGACGGCCAGGACACAGAGUUCCUGUGCAACGAGGAAGAGGAGGACGUCGAUGGAGGCCAGCCACCCAGUUACAGAGACUCUCCACUCAGCAAUGGCACUAACCCUGAUGCUGGAUACGGGUCUCCGCUGAGCGACGCCAGUGACCGACUUACAGACUUCAAGAGCACCUCUUCCAGGGAUGGCCAAGAGAGGGAAGGCGCCGCCCUGCCCUUCCGUCCCAACAACGGCCUUUCCUUCCAGGACAGCCUGGCCCAGAUGAAAGCCGUCUAUGCAAACCUCAUCUCAGAUGCCUCUUGGUCCAGCAUCACAAUGGACAUCAUGAAAUCUAAAUCUGCUGCAGCCGGUAGUGUCAACAGUGCCCACACGGCUAAAGAGCCUGCUUCUACUGCCUCCGCCUCCACGACUACCACUAUAAACAAGAGCAGUGCAGUCAGCGUGGCUAGCAGUCACCACAACGGCAGGAGUUCCAGCACCACUGUCAACCACACGGGAAGUGCAAGUGGCAAUACUAAUGGCAUAGCAGUUAGCUCUGUUAGCACCCACAGCGCCACCAGCAGCAGUGGGAGCAGCAGUGGUGCAGCUAGUAACGGUAGCGGCGUAGCCUAUGACUGGCACCAGGCGGCACUGGCCAAAACUCUUCAGCAGACGCCGUACCACCUUUUACCGGAGCCCAGCCUUUUCAGCACAGUGCAGCUCUACCGGCAAAACAACAAGCUGUAUGGCUCAGUCUUCACUGGUGCAAGCAAGUUUCGCUGCAAAGACUGCAGCGCGGCCUACGACACGCUGGUGGGUUUGACAGUCCACAUGAACGAGACCGGCCACUAUCGAGACGACAACAAGGACAAAGAGGAGGAUCAGGGGAAGCGCUGGUCCAAGCCACGCAAGCGCUCCCUGAUGGAGAUGGAGGGGAAGGAGGACGCCCAGAAAGUGCUGAAGUGCAUGUACUGUGGCCACUCAUUUGAGUCUCUGCAAGAUCUCAGUGUUCAUAUGAUCAAGACCAAGCAUUACCAAAAAGUGCCUCUCAAAGAACCAGUGCCAGCCUUGGCUACUAAACUGGUGCCCACUUCAGCUAAAAAACGAGCUAUUCAAGAUGCUAUAAUGUCCCCGUGCUCCCCAGACUCUGUCCACACUGCUAGUGGCGGUGGCGGCGUAUCCCUCGGUGAUGCUGGGAAAGAUUCAAAAGCCGCAGCUAACCCCUACGUUACGCCAAACAACCGCUACGGUUACCAAAAUGGUGCCAGCUACACAUGGCAGUUUGAAGCUCGAAAAGCGCAGAUACUCAAAUGCAUGGAGUGUGGAAGCUCCCAUGAUACAUUACAACAGCUAACUGCCCACAUGAUGGUUACAGGUCACUUUCUGAAGGUCACAAAUUCUGCAUCCAAGAAGGGCAAACAGCUGGUGUUUGAUCCAGUGGUAGAGGAGAAGAUUCAGUCGAUUCCUCUGCCGCCAACCACCACUAGACUUCCUGUUCCCAGUACUGUAAAGUCCCAGCCGGUGUCUCCUGCCCUGUCUUCUGGGUCUGAGGAAAAGCGAGAACCAGCAGAUGAUGAAAAGAUUGAAGGAGCCGAACCAGUGGAGAAGAAGAUCAAGGAGGAGAAAGAUGACUCAGGUGACAAAUCUGAAACCGAUACAACAUCUUAUAAGUAUCUUAGAGAGGAAGACCUGGAGGAGACACCCAAAGAGGGUUUAGAUAUUCUUAAAUCCCUUGAGAACACAGUAUCCAGUGCCAUUAGCAAGGCUCAAACGGGCACCCCGACGUGGGGGGGGUAUCCCAGCAUCCACGCAGCUUACCAGCUGCAGGGCGCCAUGAAGAGCUCCACUACUGUCCUCCCACCGACCAUCCAGAGCGUCCAAAUUCAGCCAAUGUUUAACAGUGGGCUUCGAGGCCUGGUGAGUGACCCCAACUCAGUCAUCCACUCGCCUCGAAGCCCCUCCUCCCCCACCCCACUCAGGAGCAACGUCACUGCCAUGGAGGAGCUAGUGGAGAAGGUGACAGGGAAAGCUGCCACUGUGAAGAAAGAAAAGGAGGAGAAACUGGUGAGUCUGGAACGAUGCCGGCCGCCGUCGUUAGGAAAGUCUCCUUCUCCUGCACUGAGAGAGCAACGAGAGCAACUGGCGUCUCCAAACGACCUCUCUGCCGGUAAACCAUCUGGCAUGAGAAGUAGCAGCCCGGGAAGUGUCGAUUCAGAGCUGAUCUGCAAGAAAGAGCCCAAAGAGAGCCUCGUCGACGGCCACAGCAACCAUUCCAAGAACAGCUCCGAGGCAUGUCAGUCCCCGGUAACUAAUGGCAACAGUCUUGGGAUUAUCACCGAUCACUCACCAGAAAGUCCUUUCAUCAACCCUCUCAGUGCACUCCAGUCAAUCAUGAACACACAUCUGGGUAAGGCCUCCAAACCUGUGAGUCCAGCUGCAGACCCUCUAUCUAUGCUUUACAAAAUCAGCAACAGCAUGAUGGAUAAGCCAGCUUUCAACCCAAAUCCUCAGGGCAAGCCAGCUGAGCCCAUCAGCCACUAUCCGUUCUACGAGAGCAACGACCAGCCCAUCGAUCUGAGUAAAAAUAAGUCCAACACCAACAGCAACAAUAACAAUAACAGCAACGCAGUCUUGACAAACAGCGUCAACGGUAACAAACCUCUCAUUUCCUUAUCUGAGUCCGUGUCUUCUCCUCUGAGGGAAAAUGCCCUGAUGGACAUUUCCGACAUGGUAAAGAACCUCACUGGACGACUCACGCCCAAAUCCUCAACGCCCUCGUCCAUCUCAGAGAAGUCGGAUGCCGACGGCAGCGCUUUCGAGGACGCCCUGGAGGACCUGUCCCCGGUGCAGAAGAGGAAAGGGAGGCAGUCGAACUGGAACCCCCAGCACCUCCUCAUCCUCCAGGCGCAGUUUGCAUCGAGCCUGAGGGAAACUCCAGAGGGCAGAUAUGCAAUGACUGACCUGGGCCCUCAGGAAAGGGUCCACAUUUGUAAGUUCACGGGCCUGUCUAUGACCACCAUAUCCCACUGGCUGGCUAAUGUCAAGUACCAGCUGAGACGGACUGGGGGCACCAAGUUUCUGAAGAAUAUGGACUCGUGCCAGCCUGUGUUCCUCUGUGGUGACUGUGCCUCCCAGUUCAGGACUCCCUCCUCCUACAUAAGCCACCUGGAGUCUCACCUGGGCUUCAGUUUGAAGGACCUGUCCAAACUGUCAGCUGAGCACCUACGGGAGCAGCAGGCUGCCUCAAAGGUGAUCACAGACAAAAUGACAUUCGGCAGCCCCCUGUCAGCCUUGUCCACGCCGGACGAUGACACGAGCUCCGUGUACCAGUGCAGACUUUGCAAUCGGACAUUCGUCAGCAAGCAUGCAGUCAAACUGCACCUCAGCAAGACCCACGGCAAAUCACCAGAGGACCACCUGGUGUUUGUCUCUGCUUUGGAGAAACUGGAUAAGCUAGACAAGAUGGAGAAGGUUUAAACCGGGUCUGAGGCUGAGGUAGAGACUGACCGCUGUGGAACUGACUAGAAUUUCAUUGCACUAAAAUGACAUUGUUCACAAUUACUGCACUGGGCCGAACUGAGCCACCAGAAAAAAAUCAGUCUUAUUAUUUUUUGUUGUGAUAACUGCCUGACUGGACCAUGUCUUUUCAUGUUGAUUUGUUUUUGUUUUGCCAAGCUUUUUUACACUUAUUUUGUAAUAUAUUUAUAUGCUAUUUGUCUGAUCUGUGCAUGUAUUUUAGUGAAUCAAGGUUAAACACAAGAUUUUAAUCUUUUCAUGGCAAAAAUACAACUACUGCUUCAACGGUAUCUAAAGUGGUGAGUGGAAAGAGAAUUGAGGGAAGAGAAAAUUGUAUAAUACUUGAUAUGAAGAAGGUAAAAAUAAAUGUAUACACCAAAAGAAUGAAAGAAUACCUAAAAGACUGAAGUAGCACCUUAGACGGUUCAAUUCAGAAUUUGUAAAGAGAACAUGUUUUGAAAUAUUGUGCAUUUGUCAGAAUCAGAUUGAUUUGAGAAGAUCACAGAUUAUUUUUCCCCUCUGCUCCUUUUGGGUUUUUGUCACUGCAAUGUUUUUAUCGAUGAAUGGCCUGCUCAUAAACCUGUCAGUGUAUUAGAAAAAAGAACACGUGAGCAUUUGGAAAAACUGAAAUGCUGCUUCUGGUUCCGAGUCAAUCAGUGAAAAUGAAUGGCCGUCAGUAUGCAAGUUUGCUCAAAAAAACUUUUCCUUGUUGUGAAGUAUCACCUUAUAGCAAUUUUCCAGUUGUAUGGUUUGUUACAACUCUCUCUUUCUAAUUUGUGUCGCUUUAUUCAACUGUAAAGAGAACAGUCCGUUACAUGUAAAUGAUUACCAGUGAAAUGUCAGUACUCCAUUUGACAUAUCGUACCAUUUGAAACAGCUCAACAUUCUUUGUAUCUUAAGGUGUGUGCAUUCUCUAACUUUUAUAUUGUCAUUUUAUAUACAAAAAUGAUAAAAAAUAAAAACAGAUGAUGUAUAUAGAUAUAUGCUGUAGAGCUACAAAAUGUCCUUUUUUAAAGAAAAUACAAAUUUAGCUUCUUUGGCUUGGUUUACAGAAAUGAUUUUAAUUAUACUUGCAUCCAAUUUGAUGCAUGAUAUGGUGUGGAAAAUAAAUAAGCGAUGCACAAUGACUAUACAUUUCAAUGUUUUAUCAACAAUGUUGUAAAAAAAAAACAAAAAAACUUUUUAGCACCAAUUAGUUUGUUUCAUUUCUUUCUCAAUUGUAAAAUAAACCCCAAAGCAGUUGUUAACAGUC